AUGGACCUCGGCGGAGAGUGUAAAUACUCUUGCAAGACAGCUGGUGAAACACUUGACUGGAUUCAUGCAAUCCUAAACUUCCUCAAGCCUUAUCGAUUCUUCUUAGAUGCUCACGUCGUCAAUUUCUUCAAGGAGAGGCUAUGGGAAGCUGUUGAUAAAGAGUGGAUGGAUUGUCUGCGAAAAGAGCCUGUAGGUGAUCUUUUACGGAUUCCUUCUGGUGUGAUCCAGGAUCAUUGGCCUGCUUCUCUUAAAGAAUUUGUCUUUACGUUGAGGUCCCUUUCUCUUCCUCGUGAGCAAGCAGAUCUGCAGAAGGUUUUCCCGGGUCUUCAAGUGGCAUCGCUGAAUAAUGUUCUUGCUCAAGGCAUGAAUCAUAAGAAAAAACACGAAAUCGAAGCCCUUUCUGCUGUUAUCGGCUCUAUUGCUAGUAGAGUUGGAGUCAACACAAUAGUGGAUGUUGGAUCUGGUCAGGGGUACCUCGCUCAAGUUCUUUCGUUUGAAUACCAGCUUUCUGUGAUAGCAAUAGAUGCCUCUUCACAUCAUGGAAGGAUUGCUGAUGCACGUGCUGAACGAAUUAAGAAGCAUUAUACGGCCAAGCUUUGUAAAUCUCAAUUAGAAAGUAGAGGUUUGAGCACGCCUAAGACAGUCACAUGCCGAGUGUUGUCCCCUGACAUGUUGAAGACCUUGAGCAAUUCCUUAUUACAAAAAGAUGAUGAGAAGCCUAAUAAUAAUGGAGGGAAUAUUGAUGAAAAACCUGUUGAAGGAUCCGUUGGAAAUGAACUUACCUCUUCCUUGUAUGCAAAUGGCAAGCCCUCAUUAGUUCUCGCUGGACUCCAUGCCUGUGGAGAUCUUUCAGUGACAAUGCUGAGGACAUUUAUAGAAUGCGCUGAUGUUAGAGCAGUGGUUAGCAUCGGUUGUUGUUACAAUUUGCUAUCAGAAGGCAUCAUAGAAGCUGAUACUCAAUGUGGUUUCCCAAUGAGUAAAGGAGUUAAAUCUGCUGGUCUAUUGCUUAAGAAAAAUGGGCGGGAUCUUGCUUGUCAGAGUGCAGAGAGAUGGAGAGGUUUGGGAGAAGCUGCUGGCCUUCAUAAUUUUGAGCUUCAUGCUUUUCGUGCUGCCUUUCAGAUGGUUCUUUUUCAACAUUACCCAGAAAUAAUAAUAAGAAGCCCUGCAAUAGGGCGUCAAGGAAAGGCUUUACGUCGCCAACAUCAUCGGAGGACCCUAGAGUCUAGUGCAGAUAUUGCUGAAUCAUCGUCUCUAAAGAAUUGUAAGAAGGAAACAAGUUGGUCUGCCAUUUCUUGUACAGAAAGUGCAGAAACAGAAGGUUCAAUCUGUAAUGAUGCUGCCUCAUUUUAUGAGGAUUCUUCUCAUCAGAGUUCUAGAAAUUGUGAGACCAAUCCUACCGACAGAUGUUCAAUGUUCGUGAAGUUCUGCCAUUCUGGACUACAUCGGCUUGGUCUCCAUAAUUCACAGGACAUUGAUUUUUCUGGGUUAUGGAAGCACACCGAACCAUUUGCUGAACUGAUUGGGCCUUAUUGGACUCUUCGGGCUGCUCUAGGACCUGUUUUGGAAACUCUUCUUCUUCUUGAUAGAUUGCUGUUUCUUCAGGAGUCGAGCAAUAUGGUGGAGGCAGUUAUGUUACCCAUUUUUGAUCCAGUUUUAUCUCCAAGAAAUGUGGCUCUAAUAGCGAAGAAACUGUGA